AAUCAGAUGUUUGUUUUAAAUUGAAAUUUCUUUGUAUUUUGUUUGGCUGUUUUAUUUAUUUUGUGUCCGGACAUGUAUAACAGAGCCCAAUUCUCGAUGGGCAAUGUGGUGUCACGGCCAUCGGGUUCAUCAGUUCGAACGGAUGGCACAGAGUUGACAAAUGGACCGACACCGCGACACUCGCUCCUCUCGGCAAGAUAUAAGCAAAGUUUUGCCUAUUUAACAUUAAGGACACGAAUGCCAGGAAUAAUGCAUCAGUUGACACAGCGACUUUUCUCCGAGGAACCUACUUUGCAAAAGCAAUACGGAGAGGAAGUGCACAAGGAUAUCCGGCAGAUAGUUGAUGCCGUUGAGAGACUGCAAAUGGAACUGAGUUGUGAUCGAAUGUUUCAAUUAUUUCAUGGAAAUCAGCCGGAUAGGAAUGAAUGGAAUGCUUUCCUCAGCGAACUGCCAUAUCCCAAAAGUUGUUACUUUCGAUCUUGUUGGUUGCAUGCCGAGUGUUACCUGUAUCGGCGGAUAUAUUCCUUUUUCGAAAACAGUCGUUUUCUUACGAAUUAUGAUUGCUUUUCUCAUUUGAAGCAGGAGGAUAUGAUAGUUAGCAAUGAUGCCAUGAAGAUCCUGGCAAGGGCCACUUUUGCUUUGCUCGGGGAUUUUGAGAAUUUUAGAAAGUUAUUGAUAAUCAAUUUGUGGAGCAAUCACUUUGCUAAUCAGCUUAGUUGCUAUGAAUUUGGGGAGUACGAGAAUCGGGAAAAUAUCGAUGUACUCUUGCAAGUGGCACAAAUUGAUCGGCAUUUACUUGUGGAUGAUUCUUUCCCUAUAUGGAAAUGCCUAAUUAAAAACAGGAAAACGGAUCCAGAGAGCACCAUAAUCGUAGACUAUAUCUGCGACAACGCGGGCUUUGAGCUCUUUACCGACCUGUUGUUUUUAUCUUUUCUGGUGGACAACAAGAUUGCCGACCAAGUGCGUCUCCAUGUGAAGGCCAUUCCCUGGUACAUCUCGGAUACCACAGCACCGGAUGUGGAAUGGACACUGAAUCAUUUGCUGCGUCAUGAGGACGAGUAUCUUUCGGCAAUCGGAAGGAAGUGGGAACGUUUAAUGAAAACCGAAAAGAUAAUCAUAGCACCCAUAUCACAUUUUUGGACAGGACCACAGCCAUAUUUUGCAAUGGUGGAACUAGAUUGGGAUCUCUAUCGGUUGCUCACCACCGCCCGGUUGGCCAUCUUCAAGGGAGAUCUCAACUACAGGAAACUCCUGGGUGACUUUAUAUGGGACUCUUCGGAGGAGUUCAUCACCUGCCUGAGGGGCUUUAGGCCAACGAAUAUCUGUGCCAUUCGAGCGGUCAAGUGUGAGGUUGUCUGUGGCCUGCCAGAGGGUAAAGCGGAUGCACUGCAUCGUCGCGAUCACAGGUGGAUCUUUGGGGGUUCCUACGGUUUAAUUCAAUACACUGACUCCCUGAAAUGUUGCUGUGGAAUGGAAACGAAAACCAAGCCGCUCCUCAAACCCAUUACCAGUGGUGGGUAAACAGAUGAGCAUUGAACAUGCUGGAGCAGCUGGCCAAGUGUCUCAAUCUGCAAGGCCGCUGGCAUAGAAAACUCUUUUGCUCAGCAAACAAAUGAGUGCGAAUUUGUCAGCUGAAUGUCGAAUCUUUCGGUGGCUCGUUACGCCUUCGACUGCAAAGUGCUUCCCCAAAAAUCCCCUCAAGGAUCCAAGUUCCAGGACUUGACUAAUGCUGUUGAUUUUAUGGAUGGAGCCGGCGCACAUGCGCAUUGCAAUCUGGAAAUGGAAAUGGAAAGUUGCCCGAGUGGAAAUGCAAAAAGUCCAAAGGCAAGAGUCCAUGGCGAAAAUUAAAUAUGUGCUGAUUAAAUUGAUUGUGCUUCCAGAUCUAA